AUGAUGCUGUCUCAGCAGCAGUCUGCGGCAACAAGUUUCUUUGAGCCGGUGACGAUCGAUAAUCGACAAUACGUGGAUGGUGCCUUUGGCGCCAACAACCCAAUCGAAGAGGUCGAGGAGGAGGCCGCUGAUAUUUGGUGCCAUACGACUCGUCAAUUGAAACCCUCGGUUAAAUGCAUCAUUUCAGUUGGCACGGGAAACCCUGGAAAGAAGGCACUUGAUGAUAAGAUUCACUUAUUUCUGACAAAGACGUUGGUUAGGAUGGCCCUGAAGCCCGAAGGAAUCGAGGGCAGCCUAACUAGUUUAAGAAGGAGAGGCUGGUUUACAAAAAGGGGUGCGAGUAGCUCUGUUAGGCCCUUGGGCUGA